AUGGCGUCACAAUCUGAGCUUGAACCUCUUUCACCCAACGAUUACGGCAUUAGACGGCCGCUACAAUCUCAGUUUUCACAAGGAUCGAGUUCAGUUGGCGCGAACUCGUGGAGCUUCUGGCGUCGACAUCCGAAGAAAACAGCACAAUUACAACAAAAUGAUGGCAAUGGUAAUUAUAAACUCAAAAGCCGCAGCGCGAAAAAAAGUAACCGAGGGUAUUCCUUAGGAUCGCGAAAGGGCUGGAAGCCGCUAUCUAUGGAACCUGCCAUUCUAGUGCUGAUAACAUUAUUGACUCUUCUCAUCGCUGGUGCAGUUGAAGUGUUAGCACACCUCAGCCAAUCCAGGGGCGGUCUUGCGCUAUCACGAACCCAAGAUGAGAUUCCACAGUACGCGAUGAUCAGCUAUCUCUAUGUUCCCAACAUCGUUGCUGUGUUGUACAGUCUCAUAUGGAGCUGGGUAGAUCUCGAUGUUAAGCGAAUGCAGCCAUGGUUUGAGCUAUCCAAGCCUGAGGGAGCGACAGCCGAGAAUUCCAUGUUUCUUGAUUACCCUUACGAUUUCAUUGCUACGGUUCCUGUCAAGGCUGCUAGAAGAAGACAUUGGCCAGUAUUCUUUGCUGGAACAGUGACGGUAGUCAUCUUUUGGCUCAUCACUCCUCUCCAAAGUUCCAUUAUGGGAACCGGCUUUGUGAACAAGACAGAGCCGGCGAUAAUAUCAACGAGAUCAUCCCUGGUUCCGCUCGCAAACCAGCCGGCGCUUUUGAACAACGAAAUCCUCAACACAGGAUUCGCCGUAGAGUGGCUUGGCCAAUCUUUCCCCUCUUUCACGACCCCCGACUAUGCAAUACUUCCGUUCUAUAUCGAUAAUGACCCUGGCGCGUCUCAACAGCAGCUCAACUGGACGGCUGAGACAACAAAACUUUGGACUGAGCUUGAAUGCCGGCCUGCAAACACCUACUGGAGCCCUACACUGGGGCGCACUUUUGACAACGGCCAGGGCUGUAAUAUCAGUGUCGUAAUACAAUUCACCUCAAACUUCUCCAUGUAUUAUAUUGGAUAUUAUGACAGUCCUUUCGCGGACUGGAGCUUGUCAGAGAGCCCAGAGUGUCCCUCCUCAGCAAAUGCGGAACAUCAAUUCCUCGCGAUUUGGGCAGCAACAGAUUACCCUACCGAUGCUGAAGUCAAUGUGACAGCUCUUUUCUGCCAGCCGUCUUAUUAUAAACAGCAAGUCAUGGUCACAAUUGUCACAGAUGGCUAUAAGCCGCAGAAUGCCUCUGUUCAGCCCAUAUCACCUCCAGAAACUCUCACUGAGAGAGAAUUCAACUCGACGUCUUUCGAGUUCCUGAUCGCGAUAGGAAUGCCGAGGGAGACACCUUUGCUUAUCAAGCGAGACUUUCCUUUUGAACAAGUCAUGCAGUUAGGCCCUCGGCUAGAUAAAGCAAACUUGACUAUUAAUUUUCCUAACAUGGUUGGAUAUGCUCUUGCUGGCCGUAACGAGCCGGCAACUCCAUAUGGAGAUCCGAAUACUCUCCAUGAGGCAUUCAAUCGCGCUCAUAAAUAUCUCUUUGCUCUUGCUGUAAAUCAAUUGCUAUCUAAUGAGACAGAUGUGGGUAACAGCACGGCCGUUUCUUCGUUUCAGCAGAGCGGCAUCAUUGUCAGCAGAUUAUAUUCCGCCAUUGUCGAAAGCCUCCUUCUCCUUGUGGCAAUUUUUACCAUCAGCCUUAUGUGGUUUUGUCACAAGUCUACGAGCUACCUAAAAGCCAACCCAUCUUCCAUCUCAAGGCUCGUCGCUAUAUUCCGAAACGGGUCAGAAACAAACGAGCUAUUUCGUCCUGUAGAUCAUGCAGAUGAGAAAUCGUUGGCGGAACUAUUCCAGGGCGACAAAUUCCGCCUUGCUCGGAACAGAAACAAGGAUACCCAGAGCCUAUACAUAGAGAAGAUUGAUGAUUCUGAACAACAGCACAGCGAGAAAAGGUUUGAUAAGCCAACUGGCUAUUAUGCGCCUAUUCGACCGACGGCUUUGCGGAGAGAAAUGGGGCUGCUCUUUGGAGUAAUACAAAUUGGAGCUCUCAUCGGCGUUUUUUAUCUCAAAGCUCAAAAUGAUAAAGAAAAUGGCCUUAUUCGACCAUCCACCAAUUUUGAAGUGCUGCAAAUUCUCGAAAACUAUAUUCCUACUGCGUUUGCUACCUUUUCUGAGCCCUUCUGGGUUCUACUCAAUAGGUUCCUAUGUCUUUUACAGCCAUUUAAAACAAUGUCAACAGGGCGAAGCGAACCCUCCAAGUCCAUCGAAACAACAUACACGGCACUCCCUCCUCAGUUGGUGAUAUGGAGAGCACUCCGAGCGCGACAUCUCAUGCUAGUCAUGAUAUGCAUGAUUGCUUUGCUGUCGAAUGUUCUCGCCGUAGGACUCGGUGCGCUCUUCAAUGAGGAUCUAACAACGGCCAACUACACGGCCACUUUCACUCCGAAUGUCGCUCCACUGUUCGAUAACCAAUCUGUUUCUGGCUUAGAACAGUAUGCGUACAUAGCCAUGUCGAACAUCUCUACUGGAACGUCAUUGCCGCCUUGGACAACACCUGAUUACUUCUUCCAACCAUAUACUGUUAACAGCGGUAGCGAAAGCAAUAGCAGCAGUACUUAUCGCGUAUCAACUCGCGGCUUCAGCGUCAACGCAAACUGCACUGCCGUGCCAUCAUCAAAAGUUGCAGUUAAAUUUCCUCCCAAACUAGGAGACGAUUGUAUAGAUGAUGGCUCCUACUUUGUCGAGAUCGCCAAAAAAGCAAUCCGAACGAGCGAAACUACGAGACCCAGCGGACUAUCGUCCAUUGAAUACAACGGUUCGAGGAACACUUCUUGUGGUAGAGCCAUCACCUAUGGCUGGGGUCGAACACCACAAGGCCGAGACAUGAACGCCACUGUCGAAGCAAGCUUUACCUUUUGCCAGCCAUAUUUCCAAACGGCAAUGUUCGACGUGCGUCAUGAUUCCAUAGGCAACAUAUUGGCGUACGAACAAAUGAGCGAUAUUUCUACGCACUUGGAUGGCGACGACGGCGACGUACAGACAAAGAGAAUGAUUGCACAGAUGAAUGAUAUGCUUGGCAUUGCUUCUUACAUGCAAUGGCAUAAUGACACGUUUACAAGAGACUGGAUGAGUUACCUGGUGGUGAUAUCUCUCAAUUCUAGAGAUUUUCUGGACCCAAAAAAGCCACCGCCCGAUCCUAAUGACUUGUUACCGACAAUCGAGAAACUAUACCGACAGUUAUUUGUCAUUGUUCUCGGCGCCAACCUACAGCUCUUUGCACCUGGAGACCAAACCCUCUCAUUAACAGGCCAGAAGCUGACAGACGAAACACGAAUAUUCGUAGACCAGAACGCAUUCAUUAUAACUGUCACUAUCCUAGGCCUCAAUAUCAUCGCACUCGUCAUCUUCUACUCCCGCGGUGUCAUGGUUAAUCUGCCCCGUGUACCAACCACGAUUGGGUCGAUCCUUGCAUUCGUUUCCGCAAGCCACAUUCUUCUUGAUGAUGACAGAGAGUCAUCGUUGUCUGAAGAUAUCAAGGAAGCAAAGACAUACAGUUUCGGGCGGUACAUUGGAGUAGACCAGAAGGUGCAUCUGGGGAUAGACAUGGAUCCCCAUGUUGCAUUGGUUGAUCCGGCGUCGUUGAAAGAGAAGAGGUCUUUUAUAUAUAGGAUACUUCCCAGUGGGUUGAGGAAGAGAAAAGAGAUUGGGCCGGUGAGCGACAGCACGUGGCUAUGA